UGAAAAUCAGUGUAAACGUCAGAAACAGAUGUCAAAAAUCAAAACACUGAAAACACAAAACAUUUUAAAACCAAAACAGUAGUCUUGUAAAUAUCAAAAUUUUAAAAAUCUGCGUCAGUCAACAGUCAAACUUAAAUAAUUAAUAAUUAUAAUGCAGUAAUUAUAUUUGACACGCCUGCCUACGUAUAUUUAUAUAUAAAUGAAAAACAUACAUAUGUGGAAAAGUUAGUGCUUAGUGAUUUGCUAUUCAUAUGAAUAUUUGCAUACUAGUAAGAAAGUAUCUACUUCAUUCUACUUUUACUUGAUUAGUUCAAGUUUAUUUGUUACUUUACAUUACACAUCCCUAUUCCUAAUGUUAACAAACAUUGUUUUACUGUGUUUUGCACUUUUAAGUAAUUUUGGUACAACCCAAUCCGUUAAUAAGUGGGAUGGUAAAUGGUUUCCUAGUAUUCCUGAUGGCGAAGACAGAAAUCCAAUUAUUCCAUUUAAAAGAACUGAUUUAACAGAUCACAAACAUGGAAUUAAAAUGGGCAUCAAAGAUGCAACAUGUGAUGAUGCCAAAAAAGGUUUAAUACAGGAUUGGUUUAAACAACCAGAGAAUUAUACUUGUCUAGACAACAGAAAACUCUAUUUACCAAAUAGUUAUAUUCAUCCUCUACAUACAAUUGAACGAAUACCUCCGCAUUAUAAUGCACCUCAUGCUUGUAUGAACGAAACAAUUGAAUACAAUGAAAUUAUACCAACAUUUGGUACACAUCGACCAUUAUGGGGAGUAUUUGGAGAAUAUAAAUUCCUCCCAAAGCAAAGGUGGCUCCAUAAUUUGGAACAUGGAGCUAUUGUUAUGCUGUACCAUCCUUGUGCCGAUAGAAACGAAGUCAAUUUACUUAAGAAAAUUGUUAAAAAUUGCCUAUAUAAACAUAUUAUAACACCUUAUAAUUUGUUGGAACCAAAUAGGCCUCUGGUUCUAAUUUCUUGGGGCCACCGACUAGAAAUGUCCAGAGUAGCAAUAGAUCUGGCUGUGAAGUUUAUCAAGGACCACGCUAUUCAUGGACCAGAAAAAUUAACUAAAAAUGGUCAAUAUGAUUUCAUGCUGCUUCAUAAAGCUAAAAUCGUGUCUGAUAUAAAUGAUUCUAAUCUAUGUCCAAAUGAUAAUGAAAGUGGUAUUACAAUGAAAUAAGUUCAAAUUUAAAUGUUUUAAAGGAUAUACAUAUUUUACUGUAAGGGUGUCCCAGAUUAUUUUCCCAGUAUAUAUCUCAGGUUUAUUUAUCUUUGCAGCAUCGCACUGUAUAAAUAUGUUGUUAUAUCUAAUUUAUUUAACGUCGGUAAAAAUAAGGCGAGUGUGACAAAUUGCUGGAUUUAGAGGGUCUGUCACGGAAUCCGGUGGUGCGAAAUCGCAAAAAAAAUUAAACUAGUUUCUAUAUUAAAUUUUCGUAAAAAAAAGUUACAGAAAAACCAGUAUUUUUCGAGAAAAAUUAAUUGAAAAUUCAUUUUUACAGGUUAUAUUUACAAAACAUAUGGCUUUAUAUGACAGAUUAUUUUGAACAUAACAACGUUGCCAAGUUGUUAAUUAAAUAAGUUUCAGGAUUAAUUAUAUUCUAUAAUUUGUGAGUUUAUAAAAAAAUUGAAGAUAUCAAAAAUCAUAUAUUUUUUGUUUGUUUUAAAAAGCUUCAGCACUGUAAUAAUCGUAUAUAAAAUAAAAAAAUUAAAAUCUCAACCAAAAUAUUUUAAAACAUGCAGCUAAAAAAAUAUUGUACAUACUUAUUAGAAAAAUUAAAAAUUAAAUAACUUGCUAAGUAAUGCCUG